AAGGAAAGAAGGAAAGGAGGAAGGAGAGAAGGAAACAAAGCAGAGACAGAAAGAACUAGAGAUAAAGCAAGUUAAAGACAGCCAAAGAAAGGAAGAAGAAGAAAAGAAAAAGGGAAAAAGAAAGGAAGAAAGAACUAGAGAGAGAGUUUGACAGAUAUAAAGAAAGAAUUUGGAAAAGAAAAGAAAGAAAGAAAGAAGGAAAGCAAAGGAAGGUGCGGUAAAGACAAAUAUAAGAAUAGAAAUAAGAAAAGAGAAGAAAAAAAGAAGGGAAGAAUAAAAGUUAGAGACAAAGAUAAAGAUAGAAAAAGGAAGAAAAGAGGAAGAAAGGAAGUUAAAAGCAAAGAUAAAGAAGCAAUAAAGAGAAGUAAGAAAGGAAAGAAAGAGAAAACAAGCAAGAGAAAUAAAGACAGAAAAAGAAAAAAAAGCAACGAAGGAAGAAAAGUGAAAAAAAGAAGAAGAAAGCAAGUUAGACAUACAAAUAUACAUAAAAAAGGAGACAAACACAAGAGAAGAAACCGGCCCCCUCUGAGGAUGGGACAAGUGCAGAAGCCACAAUCAACGGCCAACGAGAAGGGAACCAGCGAAGGCAAAAGAAAUCUGCCCUUCCGUCACCCCGACUUCUCCGAUGACCAGAUUCGACAACUGACAGACAUCGGAAGAUCCUACCGCUCCUCCUCCUCCGUGGCGUCCAAGCGGUCAACCUCCCGCCCCCCGUCAGGAUGUUCCUCCCCCAUCCUCUCCCCCACCAUCCAGCGCCUCCGCACGGAAGGGUUCCCGCCUCUGGCACGCUGCGGCUCGGACCCCCUGCUGCACGGCGCGCCCCAGCAGCACGCCAUGAACACGGGCUCCCUGCCGGCUGACCUCCUCCCUCCCGCCCCCUCCUCCCCCUCUCCCACGCCGCGACCCUCCCACCAGCACCAGCACCACCACCACCACCACCCGCGCCGCCACCACCACCACCGGGACCACAGAAGCAUGGACGCCGCCGCUAGAGAUCCCGGAGGAGGCGGAGGCGGAGGCGGCGGUGGGGGCGUAACAACCGGAGGGGAGAGAGCAUACACCGGAGGAGGCGGAGUAGGAGGUGGAGGCGUCGGAGGGAGUGGCAUCAACAGCAUCACACACUCCUCCUUCACCAGCGGGGGGUCACUGGGGAGCACGGGGGGCACGGGGGGCAGCGGCGGGGGGCGGGCCAGCGAUAAGGAGCUCCUGGGGCUGCUCAUGUCGCGGCUCGUGGCGAUGGAAGCCCAGAUCUCCCACGCCCGCCAAGCCCUAAGACAGAGGGACUUCCAUAUCGCAGUCCUGGAGGAGAAGCUUCGAUUGUACAUGAAGGCGGAGGAGGACGCUGUAGGAAGCAAGACAGGAUUCCUUGACAAGCUGAAGGACUCCCGGAUGGCCUCAGUGGAGGAGAAAUGUCUCAAGCUGGAGAGGCAGGUCAUGGAGAUGGAGAGGUUCCUGGGGGAGUACGGCAUGGUCUGGUGUGAGGCCGAGGAGACCUACCUCUUGGACAACCCCGUCAACGCCUCCUGCAGCUAUUCUUCCUCCGAGGCGACCACCCCCACGGCCACGCCCUCCCACGGCCCCAGGUCACACCCCCGGGUCAGGAUCAAAAGGCACAGGAGGAACCACAAGAACAGGGAGGUGCGGCGCGUGGUGGCCGAGUCCACCUCCCGCAGCAUCUCCUCCGAGGCCGAGCCCUUCAGCCUGGACUACGAGAAGCUGCUCGCCGCCAUCACGGAGCUCAACAUCGUGGCCCAGGGAGACGCCGCCGCGGAGGCCGGAGAGAGCCUCCAGCUGACCCUCUACAAGAAUGGCAUAGUGGUGGACGAUGGAAGGUUCCGGAGCUUCGAAAUGGUGCAGACGAGACAGUUCCUGCAGGACAUCCUAGACGGGUUCUUUCCCAGCGAACUGCAGGACACCUACCCCGAGGGCGUCCCCAUCAAGGUGCGAGACAAACGCCAGGUCAUCUUCCUCCCAAACUCCUCCCGCCGAAAGCCCACGCCCCGCCCCCCCGUGCCCCCCAAGCCCCGCUUGCCCCCCGCCCAGACGGACUCCCUCACCUCCGUCACCUCCACCUUGUUCAGCAGCAUCUCAGAGCCGGAGCCGCGCCCUGCUGAUUCUGCCCAUCAACCCCCCGACCCGGACGACUCCACAGCGCCUCCUGCAGCCCCACAACCCGCUGCAGACUCCUCAGGGGAUCCGUCACGCCUCUGCCCCGACGUGGAGUACCGCAGCGAGUCCAGCGACGUCAGUAGCCGGAGGAACUCACUGCAGCGAGGGAGUGACAAGUCGGAAGGCGAAGGGAAGGAGUCCGGGUUAGGGCGUCGGGGGAGUGAGCUGUGGAGGCCGGUGGAGGCUGUGGCGGCGGCGGCGGCUGCGGCGGCUGUAGUGACCGGCGCGCGAAGAGACGGCCGGCGGGAAAGCGAGGGGCGGCGAGGCUCCGACCACCGCACGCACCAGUGUCGGCGAGGGUCGGAGUGCAGACGCAGCAGCGAGUUGGUGCGCACGACCCUCGAUCUGGACCUCGGCCGCCGCGCCACCUCUAAACACCCGCUGGAGUGGAACCGCAUCAACCGCACGGCUUUCCUGCUCAACGACGACACCUUCGACUCCAACGGGAACCACAUGCGCCGCGGGAGUCUUGGCGUGAUGGCCGGCGACCCCUACGACGUGGAGAGCCUUCGGAAGCGGCGGACGUCCGUGGAAGACUUCUUGGCCAAGGUGCCAACAUGCGUGGUGAAGAACGGCAAGAUAGUCAACCUUCGGGAGGAGGUCGCCGAUAUGCUCAUGGGCCCCUCACGCAAGAACUCCCUCACGCUGGUACACACGCCGGUGCUGGACGAGACAGGAGAGAGCCAGGAAAGUAAUGACCCGGACACACAGGACUCCACCACCACCAUCACCGCCACCCCAGCCACCACCGACCAUCACCACCACCACCAGCAGGCCGCCGCCACCACCACCUUAGCCGCUACCGCCGCCGCCGCCGCAAAUGUUUCUUCCACCUCCACCACCACCGCAGCUCAUCAUCAUCAUCAUCAUCACCACCACCACCAAGACCACGCCCACGGCCCCACCAGAACCACUCUCAGGAUUAAGGUGGAGAACGGCAGCGAGACGUACCUCAUCAAACUAAAGGCAUCGGACACCCUUCAGACGCUUCGAUCCUACCUGAGAUCCUACAGAGGCGAUAAUGAGGACUUCCUAAUCGUGAGAACUUACCCCUAUCAGGUGCUGGACCAGGGCGAGGCCACCAUGGCAGAGCUCGGCCUUACGCCAAACGCCGCGCUGCACCUCAAGGUCGCCGCCAGACCACUCCCUCCGGAGUCCCUUUCCCUCGUGUCCGGGGGCGUGGCGGCCACUGCCAUGAUGACCCACGGAGCCACGGGGCAGACGGUGGCCCCAACACAGCCCCAGAGCUCCCCUACACCACGACGGGCCCCUUCCCCCCUGCCGCAGAUACCCCCGAACCUACACCCAGACCUUCUGCCACCCCUCGUGCCGAUCCUCUGCUUCCCUGACGCCCACGAGGCUUCGGACAGGGAGUCGUAGGGUGCUUGGGCGUCCUCCUAGGCGGUUCUCCCCUUGUGGUGUCCCUGAGAGCAAGAUUCUCCCCCUUCAAGAGGCUCCGGCCGUCAGCUGUUGCGUCGCGGGCCGGGGUGACAGCUGACGGUAGCCACGCCCCCCUCGGCCCGUGUGUUAUGGGAGGAGGGUAAGGAAGGGCGUGUACUGGAUGGCCAGGCUUUGGUGUUAUAUAGAAAGAUGUUAAGUAUUACACACACACACACACACACACACACACACACGCACAAGAGCUCUAAUUUUAAUUGUGAUUAUAUAGAUGAGUGAGGGACCAAGGAAAGAGAGAGAGAGAGAGAGAGAGAGAGAGAGAGAGAGAGAGAGAGAGAGAGAGAGAGAGAGAGAGAGAGAGAGAGAAACACAAGAGCAAA